AUGCCAGAGGCUCCUAGAGACUCCACCAUAGACUAUGACCUGUUAGAAAAAAACAAGAGAAUUCUCGAGUUCAUAGAGGAUGCUACUUCCAACGCAGAUGAAAUCCAGAAAAACGUUCUCUUCAAAAUUCUCUCUCGCAAUGCAAACGUUGAGUACUUACAACGACAUGGUCUCGGUGGCCACACCGACCGUGACACCUUCAAGAAGCUUCUCCCUGUCAUAUCCUACGAGGAUAUCCAACCUGACAUUAACCGCAUCGCCAAUGGUGACUUUUCUCCAAUCCUUACCUCACACCCCAUUUCAGAAUUUCUCACCAGCUCAGGGACAUCUGGGGGUGAGAGGAAGCUGAUGCCAGCAAUUGAAGAGGAGCUAGGAAGGAGGUAUUUGUUGUAUAGCCUAUUGAUGCCUAUAAUGAGCCAAUAUGUUCCUGACUUAGAAAAAGGAAAAGGAAUGUACCUAAUGUUCAUAAAAUGUGAGUCCAAAACACCUGGAGGGAUCAUGGCUAGGCCAGUUCUCACCAGCUAUUACAAGAGCUCCUAUUUUAGGGACAGACCCUAUGACCCUUACACAAACUACACAAGCCCAAAUGAGACUGUUCUCUGUCCUGACUCCUACCAAAGCAUGUACUCCCAACUCCUUUGUGGCCUUUGCCAAAACAAGGAGGUGCUUCGUGUGGGGGCUAUCUUUGCUUCUGGCUUCAUUCGUGCCAUUCGGUUCCUUGAGAAACACUGGGCUCUCCUUUGCAAUGACAUAAGAACAGGCACCAUCAACCCCUUAAUCACUGACACCUCAGUGAGAGAGGCUGUGAUGAGGAUCCUCAUGAAGCCUGACCCUAUGCUUGCGGAUUUCAUCCAAGCCCAGUGUAGUAAAGGUUGUUGGAAAGGGAUCAUUACUAUGCUUUGGCCCAAUACUAAGUAUGUGGACGUUAUUGUGACCGGGACAAUGUCACAGUAUAUUCCCACUUUGGAUUACUAUACCAAUGGCCUCCCACUUGUGUGCACCAUGUACGCUUCUAGUGAAUGUUACUUUGGCGUCAACCUCAACCCCCUUUGUAAACCCACCGAUGUGUCUUACACCCUUAUCCCCACCAUGUGCUACUAUGAAUUCCUCCCGGUCAACCGAACCAAUCAGGUCAACGCUCCUCUCAGUCACAAAGAACAAGAAGAAUUGGUGGACCUUGUUGAUGUCAAGCUUGGCCAAGAAUAUGAAGUCGUCGUUACAACUUACGCUGGACUAUACAGGUACAGAGUGGGCGAUGUACUGAGGGUGGCUGGAUUCAAGAACAAGGCUCCUCAAUUCAACUUUGUUUGCAGGAAAAACGUUGUCUUGAGCAUAGAUUCAGACAAGACAGACGAGGUGGAGCUUCAAAACGCAAUGAAGAAUGCGGUGACACACUUGGUGCAAUUUGAUGCACAUGUGGCUGAGUACACUAGCUAUGCUGACACUACAACAAUCCCAGGGCAUUAUGUGUUGUAUUGGGAACUAAACUUCAAUGGGUCAACUCCAAUUCCACCCUGUGUCUAUGAGGAUUGUUGCUUAACCAUUGAGGAGUCACUCAACAGCGUGUAUCGCCAAGGCCGUGUCUCGGACAAAUCAAUAGGGCCACUUGAAGUCAAGGUUGUGAAACAGGGUACCUUUGAUAAACUUAUGGACUAUGCUAUUAGCUUAGGAGCUUCAAUAAACCAAUACAAGACCCCAAGGUGUGUUAAGUUUGCUCCUAUUGUGGAGCUCUUGAACUCAAGGGUAACAUCCAAUUAUUUCAGUCCUAAGUGUCCAAAAUGGGUUCCCGGGCACAGGCAAUGGAUCAAUCAGGGUUGA